UGCGGGUAUGCGGUGCGGGUUUGCCCAGCGGGUUGGCGGCUGAGCCCGCCCCGCUUGCAUCCCUACCCCCGGCCUCGACCUCGCCGGCGCACCAGCGGCAGCGGCGCUCGUAAUCGUAACACAUGGCCGGUGGCGAGAGCGACGGCAGCGGCCUGGUGCUGCUGGACGUGUUCGGCAGCCCGUUCGCGCAGCGCGUGCGCAUCGCGCUGGCGGAGAAGGGCCUGGCCUACGAGCGCGCCGAGCAGGACCUCGCCGCCAAGGGCGACCUCCUGCGCCGCUCCAACCCCGUGCACGGCAAGGUCCCCGUGCUCCUCCACGCGGGGCGGCCCGUCUGCGAGUCCCUCGCCGUCCUCCAGUACCUCGACGAGGCCUUCCCGGGGACGCCGCCGCUCCUCCCGGCCGACCCCUACGCGCGCGCCCGGGCGCGGUUCUGGGCGGAGUACGCGGACCGGCUCCACCUCUGCGGGAAGCGCCUGUGGCUGCGGCGCGACGAGGAGGCGGCGGAGCCGGAGGCGCGGGAGGGGAUGGGGGCCGUGCUGCGCGCGCUGGAGGCCGAGCUCGGGGGGAAGGAGUUGUUCAGCGGGGAGGCGUUCGGGUACGUGGACGUCGCGACGGCGCCGUUCGCGGCGUGGUUCCUCACAUACGAGCGCCACGGCGGGCUCAGCGUGGGCGUGGCCGAGGAGUGCCCGGGGCUGGCGGCGUGGGCGGCGCGGUGCUUGCGCCGUGAGAGCGUCGCCGCCAACGUGUACCCGCCGGAGAAGGUGUACGAGCUCGUCCAGGAGUACAGGCAGUGGGUGCUCGGGCGAAAAUGAGAUGGGCCGUGCUCUGACUGGAUGGUGAAUUGGUGAUUCGCCUCUCUUUUUUUUUUUUGGCACACACAAUUGUGUUUGCUCGUUUGGUAAGUUUCGUCACAUCAAUAAGUUGAAUAAAGUGGCGUGCAUUCGUUAGUGUGGAUGAACACGCUAUGCAGAUA